UAACUGAGGUUCUUAGCGCACGAAAAGGGACGAGAGACAGAGGCAAGACGCAGACACAGCGUCUUACCUCUGUCACAUAGACGGUGGCGCCAGAUUUCCCUCUAGGUGUUAUAGUGAGAAACUCUAUGGUGCCAGCUGCAUGUGCUGGCUCCGUUAGAUGUACCCAACGUAGGACACUGCAUAUUUGACAACCGCGGUCUCGCUCUGCUAACUGUAGCACCAUUUCCGGAGCCUCCUCGCCCACCGGCUGGCCGGCCCGAAAGCGGCGAGCAGGGGGGCGGGGCCAUGGUGGGCGGCUCCUGGGGAGGCGGCAUCAGCCCUGGUUCCCUGGAGGGCAUCUCCAGGCUCCGCCUCUGCUUGUACGGACUCGCCGGCGCGGUGGUGAUGCUCCUGCUGUUCGCCGUCUACACGUACGCCAUGUUCGACGAGGAAGACGGGCCCAGAGCAGUGCCGGGAGGCAACGAAGGGCCAGGCUUCGGAGACAAUGGUGAUCGGUACUUCCCGUGUCCGCGAAUCGAGCUGUGUGUCGAGGCUGCUGGUGCCAGGCUACUUACCGGUGACAUCAAAAAUAUGUACUCGCGAGCCACCGCAGUGCAGUCAUCAUAUGGCUGCACACUCCAAAAGUCAUCUGCUCGACUGACAUACAUGUAUGCAGUUUCUUUACACGACUGCGCAAUUUAAUCCGAUUUCGGCUCAACGUAGUUCGGAUGCCAUUCUUUCGUUACUUCCACGAUGUACGAACUCUCCAGACAAAAUGAAAAAAAAAGGUCUGUUGGCCUUCAGCUCGGAGGAAUGUAGAUCUUUAGAGCUACAUUCUGGUUAAGCCACAAACAUGUUAUAUGCAACAUGCAUGGUAACUGUUGGGAAUUAUAAAGAAACGCUGUCCCCAGCAGCCUUUUACACACCUGGCGUGCGAUACAGCAGCCAAUGAGCUUCCUACAACUUCGCGCUGUUGACGAAUUGCUGUUGUGGGUAUGCAACAGAACGUGCACACUGCACCAUCUUCAGUGAUGCUUGUCCUAUGCAAAAACGCACCAUAGUGCACUAGCUCUCGUGUGUGUGCCUCAAUAGCUUGCGUAAAACACGUGUAACACGAGGCCAGAACCAGUGAUUACAAAAUGAAUCUCCUAUUGAAACGGUGUAAGUAGUAAAACAGCCCGAAUGCAGUUAAUUAAAAAUAACAGCGUACACUGAAGGUUGUGAAGUGUGCAGCCCCAAAUGCCAUCUCUCGCUGCGAGACCGAAGCGACGCUGCUGCAAGCUUUGCGCGUGGCUGCAUGCGCGAUGCAAGCAAGGUGCUAGGGGCAAUGAACCAUGGAGCAGCACAACCACCGUGGAGCUGGAGGGACAACUUGGCAUCCUUCUUCCGAGGGCCAGCUGCUUUGGCCAUCGCAGUCACAAGACUGGAUAAAGAACGAGGUAAGCAAAAUGGGGAAUCGAUGUAGGUUCCAGAAGCAUUACUGGAGAUCGUUUACAGCUUGUGAUAAGCAUUUUAGGCUUGAUGUGAAGCUGCCAUAAAGUGAUUUCAGCUUCUGGAUUCUCCAGCAGAUUUGAGCUGUAGGACAUUUGGCAUAUGGCCUCAUACCCUAUUGCAUGCUCAAGACAUAGUCAAGGCCAUAUGCAUGUCACUUUUCCGUGGCAAAGUCAGUAUGGGGAGACAGUGCCAGAGAGCUAAUGGCCAUGCACGAGUUUCGUGCGCCUUUUGCUGCUUCUAGGUUUACAGGACGUAGACAGCGUGUGAAGGCAGAAGUGAACGCUUUCAUAAUCUGGGCACUCGAUGCUUUUCAUGCAAACCUCUGGUGCUUCUUCAAGUACAGAUCGGACAUCGCUAGCAUCAGCUUUCCCACAAUGAGUAGACUCCUGCCUAGCUAAAUCCUGAAUGACAUUGUGUGGCGAGCAAAGGAUGAUGGGAGACUUUAAAGUUCACCAUCAUGCAGACAACUUUUAAUGCUUAACACUUUUCAAAAGUUAGCACCACCACAUUUUAAAGCUAAGCGCAGCGAUUGGGCAUGAGAGCUUCGCAACUUUUGCAUGAAAGGUGCCACUUUUCAAAAUUCUAAGGAGUGUCUUCCAUCAAGUACAGCCAUUUUAUCGACAAUUUGCACUUCUCGUAGGUGCAAGAACCACUCGUACUUAAAAUUUCACCUAAGGGCCUUGAAGUGUGCAGGACAGAAAUAUGAUCGGAAUCCCCCUCUAUAACCAUACAGUUGGCAAACUAUUGCAUACUCUGCAUUGAAAGCUUGUGGAUUAGGGAUCUGAAAUUUAGCUGAAUAUAUUUUCGCAACCCAAGCAUGCAGCAGUGUAUUCGAAUUUCCGGUAUGCAUAAGUACAUGCAAACAACACAGUGUUGCAGUUUUACUGGCUCUGGUUGCAAACUGCUUGGAAAUUAAUUUUCUCAGAUCUCAUGAUCUCUAAACUUUUGACACCGUCUGUACAGGUGUGUAGCCAGGAUAUUUUUUCAAGGGGAGGGGGGGGGGUGAGGGGCUAAGGUUGCAUUUCAUAGGGUGGGCAGUGGAGGCUGUUAUUCUCUGUUCAGUUUCUCACGCUUGGUGCAUAUAAUACAAGUAUUACUUUGAACAGGCCCUUGGUCUGCCUGAUGGCGCCUACCAUCUUGUGCUUGGCUUACUUGUCUGGUGCAGGCGUUCGAAGGAUAUGAGCCUUUGUUCUUAGGCAAUGUGCCAGACAUAAAAGGGA